CUGUACAAUAAAAGAGUAAGGUUAUGUGAUUAUUUGUCAAAUAACCUAGUCUUACCUUAGAUAACGUUAUUUGACACGUAAACGAAGAAUAAAGUAAAGUUACACUAUUUUGUCAAGUGUCCUGUAUAAUAUUUUGCACUAUGGCUCGUUAUUUUCGAGAAGAAGAUAUAGAUGAAUUUAGGGAAUGCUUUUAUCUAUUUGCAAGGAAUGGUCAAAUACGUACUCUAGAUGAACUUACAAUCAUUAUGAGAUCACUAGGAUUAAGUCCCACUAUCGCAGAAUUAAAUAAAUAUUUAAAGGAUAAAGGAGGGAGGAUGUCUUUUGCUGAUUUUUUGGAAGUCAUGCAUUUACAAACAAGAGCUGAGGAUCUGCCGAAGGAGGUGAUAGAUGCUUUUCAAGCUGCAGACAAAUUUAGGACUGGUACUAUACCUGCUAGACAAUUAGCACACAUGUUGCUUCAUUGGGGUGAGCAAUUAAGUAACAAAGAAGUGGAGCAAAUUUUUAGGGAAGCAAACGUAUCUCCAAAUGGGCAAGUCAAAUACGAAGACUUUGUAAAAAUAGCCUGUGCACCUGUACCUGAUUAUUAUUAAUAUCUUUUUAUUAAUA